AUGGGUGUUGAAGACCAAAAAGAGGAGAGGGAAGUCCUCGAGUCAAUCUUCCCAGACGAAAUCACAGAUGUUUCCGAAACAGAAUUCCGAGUUUCAAUAGUCCUCGAUGUCACACCGGGCGAUGAAGACCCAGCAGACCUCGAAGGGCCGACAAUAAUCCUCAACGUCCAAUACCCCCCCUCCUACCCCGACGAAGCGCCCCGCCUCGACCUAACGCAACCCCCCAACGCACCCAAACACCCAUACCUCGACAUCCAAGAUGACAAGCAGCGCCUCUUGGACUCUCUAUCCGAAACCAUUGAAGAGAACCUGGGCAUGGCGAUGAUAUUCACUUUGGUCACUGUGCUCAAAGACUCCGCUGAGUUGUUGAUUAGUGAGAGGCAGAACGCGAAGCAGGCGCUCGCGGACAUGGAAGCUGCGAAAGUCGAGGAAGAGGAGAACCGGAAGUUCCAGGGCGAGGCGGUGACAAGGGAGAGCUUUUUGAAGUGGAGAGAGGAGUUUAGGAGGGAGAUGGAGGAGAGGAAGAAAAAAGAGGAGGAGGAGAGGGAGGCGGAGGACAAGAAGAAGAGGAUAGUGAAAGAGGAGCGCAAGCUUACGGGGAAGGAGUUGUGGCAGCAGGGCUUGGCGGGUAAGGGUGAUGAGGAAGACGAGGAGGGGGAUGAUUUGCAGGGGAUGAAGGAUUUGAAGGUAUCAGCGUCUUCUUAA